AUGCGCGUCCUAGUAGCCGCCAACGGCACGCGUGGUGACGUCCAGCCCCUCCUCGCUCUGGCUCGGUCCCUCCAUGUCGCCGGCCACGUCGUCGAGUUCGUCACCGACGAGGGCCACGCGUCCCUCCUCGCCGCAUACAACUUCGCGGCGCGCCACCGCUUUCCCGUCCCGGCGCAGACGCGCUUCAGCGACCCUUUCGUGCGCCGCGCGAUGGAGACGGGGUCGAUGCUCGCGUACGGCGUCGGCCUCGUCCGCGUCAUCAAACGGCACUUCGACGCCGACGCGGCUGUGCUAGAAGAGGCGUUUCAGGCCUUCCAGCCCGACCUGCUGGUAACACACCCCCUGACGAAGUUCUGCGCGAUUCCCGUCGCGCAUGCGUACGGCCUCGAUGCCAGCGCGAUACUCGAGGCGGCGCUGCAGCCCCAGACGCGACCCACGCGUUACGUGCGCCACUAUGCGUGGGAACACGAUCUUAGUUUUCUCGAUCCUCUCGACCGGGCAGCGAACGGCGGGCUCUCCAUGCUCUACCACGUCGUCGUGGAGCAGCAGACGUGGAUGCUGCUGCGGGGGAAGGUCGCGGGGCUCGCGCGGCGGCUGCGUCUGCCGUGGGGUGCGGUCAGGUGGGGGGACUGGAAGCGCCACGUGUGGCGCGUGCGAUCCGUGUACGGGUGGUCCGGGGAGGUGCUGCGGCAGCCGGCGGACUGGAACCCGCGCGAGGCGGUCUGCACGGGCUUCUGGUACAUUGAGCAGCAAGGAUACAUCAUGGCGAAGGAGCUAGACUGCUUCCUGGAACCCCAGGGCCCGAAGGCUCUCCGCCCGGUGUGCGUCGGGUUCGGCAGCAUGACGGUGUCCGAGAAGCUGUCGCGGCGGCUCACGGAGCGCGUGCUGCGGGCCGGCCGCGACGCCGGCGUGCGGCUGGUGCUCCUGGGCGGCUGGGGUGGGAUCGGCCUGCACCGGCUGCACCCGAAGAAGACGAAGGACUACAGAGAGCUCGUGGCGUACGCGACGUCCAACGUCAUCGAGGUGAAGGAGUGCCCUCACGAGCAGAUGUUCCCGCGGUGCGCAGCUGUUGUGCACCACGGCGGUGCGGGGACGACCGCGGCGUGCAUGAAGGCCGGGGUCCCGCAGAUCAUCACGCCGUUCUGGGCGGAUCAGCAGUUCUUCGCCGGGAGGGUGCAGGAGAUGGGGUGCGGGCUGGCGCUGGCGCACCCGCGCCGCGCGUCCACCAAGCGCAUCAAGGCAGCCCUCAUCCAGGCGCUCUUCAGCUCGGGGAUGCGCAACGCCGCCGCGGACGUCGCAUUCAAGGUCGCGCGAGAGCCGGGCGUGAAGGCGGCAGUGCGUGCGAUUGAGGAGGCGUGUGGACACGAGCCGUCGCCCGCGAUCGACACCUCGACGGCCGGCGCGUGCGGCAUCCCUGCCGCAGCGCAGCCCGCGCGGCGGGCCGUGCGGCGGGUGUCGUCGCGCACCGCUCUGGCCAGCGCGAGGCCGCGCGGCGUCUUGCGGAAGUUCAGUCGCAAGCUCACCGACCGUCUCGCGGAGCUCGAGACUGAGCAGGGCGGGUACGUGGUCCGCGUCGCAGGCCCGCGCCGCUGA